UAUCUGAGUUUUACAGCGCAGAGGACAAGCAGGGUCUCAGGCAGAGGAGAGUCUCCAGAAGAGGAGAGUUCAGAUACAGUGAUGCCACCACUCUGUGCUGUUCUUCUGCUUUUCAGCAAUGUCUAUGGUCUGCUUGGGAAGGAUGUUGAUCAGCCUUACGCGCUGGUGAGAGCUCAGCUUGGAGACAAUGUGACUCUCCCAUGUUUCCAUGCUCAAGAUUUUGUGUCCAGUGCCAGCUGGUUUAAGCAGCCUCUUGGAAAGAAGCCCCGGAUUAUAGCAAUAACAAUGAACCCUGAAUCAGGUGCUAUAUUUUCCAAUGAGUUUAAAAACAGCACACGUUUCAGUGCCAAGACAAAACAGGGGAGCUUUAACCUGACUGUGUCACGAGUAGAGCCGUCAGAUUCAGCCACAUACUACUGCAGUAUUACACGCUACAGUGGGAUCAGCUUUGGAGAUGGAGCUACUUUAAUGGUGACAGGGUCAGAGUCGCACGGCAGGACAGUAGUGCUGCAGCAGCCCGAGUCUGAGUCAGUGCAGCCAGGAGACUCUGUGACUCUGCAGUGUUCAGUACACACUGAGACCUGUGCAGGAGAACACAGUGUGUACUGGUUCAGAAAGGGCUCAGGAGAGUCCCCUCCAGGAAUCAUUUACACCCAUGGAACCAGGAGUGAUGAGUGCCAGAGGAGCUCUGGGGCUGUGUCUCCCACACAGAGCUGUGUCUACAACUUCCCCAAGAGGAACCUCAGCCCCUCUGAUGCUGGGACUUACUACUGUGCUGUGGCCACCUGUGGGGAGAUCCUGUUUGGGAACGGGACCAAGCUGGGCAUAGAGGGGGAACCGAAGACAGUCUCUUUCAUAAUUCUCAGCAUCCCUUGUGUGGCGUUGGCUUUGAGCCUGAUUGUGAUCGCCGCUCUUCUCCGCAGUUGGAAGAAACGAAAAGUUUGUGAGCACUGUACAGGUAACAAUCUUCAGAAAAGCCGGCUUGACACCACCGACGAUCCAAGAGAACAGUGCUCUACUGAGGACGCGCUGAACUACGCCGCUCUGAGGUUCAGUGAAAAGAACACAAAAGCCAGGCCCAAGAGGAGAGACCAGCGGGAAGACCUCGUCUAUUCCGACGUGAGAACUCGAGACUGGAGCUGAAAGCUUUUCUGAAGGUAUCCAACAAAGAUCGCGGAAGAAAACUUUGUCUAACUGGAGUGAACGCACAUUGGAGUUUUGGCAGCGGCAGUGCGGCUGUACUGUAUGCCCUUGCUUUAUCUGAAAGCUUUAAUUUUGGGUGACUAACAUUUACCUAUGCCGAAUAUUUGCUGACGCGAUUCAAGUUGAGUGCGUUUUAUUUUCCAUGCACCUGCAGGAAAAAUAGCUGCAAGUUAAACUCAUUUUUAUUAGAAAGAAAACAAUGGCCCAAUUUUGAUUUUCUUUUUUUUUGUUCCACUUCCUGUCAGUUCAACCAACAAUUCAAGCUUCUGAGUUACUUUCUUCCCUUUUGACAUUUUCAUUUUGUCAUUUGCCUCUGACGCAUUGACACAUUGGCAAUGCAAGUAUAUGUUUUAUUUUCUAUGUACCUGUAGGGAAAAUAGCUGUAAGUUAUGUUUGAAUUUUUAUUUGUAAUAUUCCUUUGGCUUACGUAUGUGAUGGCUGACUUCUUUUUUGUGAAGGAAACUGUUAGAGUGCACUAUUGUGUGUACAUGACAAAUGAUCAUGUUUUACCAUAUUGUCUUUAACUGAAUGGCUGCUUAGUCCUGGACUAAACUGAGUUUUGUAUUAUGUAUUGCUUUGUAUUAUGUACUGGCCCAUAAUUUAAAAAAAAUUAUCUCCUGAAUAAAAUGAAAUGAAACAUG